CCUAUCAUGGACCAACAAAGUCAUAUCAGUCUACAUGUAACGCAUUCAGUAGGAAAUGGCGUAUAUCCGCCAUUGCUGCUCGUUGCUUCUUCUUCCACCUUGUAGACACACACACACACACACACACACACAAACACGCGCGCGCGCACAGGCUGCGAAUGACGUAGGGCUCAUUCUGCGAAAACACCGUCAGGUUCGCGUGGACGUCUAGUUAAACCGAAUAUAUUUCAACUUUAGUGAAAGUUGUUUUAACUGUUUUCUACAUAACUAUGUCCUGCGUGGCACUAGUUUGGUAUUUGACAAGCAAUACAUAUUCAUCCGCUUCUACAUGAGUGUCAAGAGCGCAGCAGUACCCGGAUGGACUGUCAUGGCCGCCGUCGCUGUGGUUCCAUAGAGAGGAGAGAAGGAAGACAAAUGUUUCUGCUGUGUGUUUUUCUACCAUAACCUCCUUUUUAUAAUGUCGGACGUUGACGGGACGCCGCCUGAACUUCCAUCGAGUUAAUAGCACCGUGACUACACUACAAGCUCCUCUUCUGCAGAGACAUCAUGCAUUAAAUGUUUGGGUUUUUCCUAAAGGAGAACAGGUAUCAGCAGUUUUACAACUAUGGAAGAAGACCUCACAAUACCUCAUGAUUCUGCCAAAAACUGCAACAUAUCAGUAGCAGAGGAUGAAAAAGAAAAGGUAAAAGACUUUGUGUAUAAGCAUUUCAGAGAAGUGACAGAUGGAUCACUCUUCAAUAAUGCAGAAGAAUCUUCUAUUAAGGACCAUGGGAGUUCCACCAAGAAGGAUAAACAAACUCUCAAUAAAACCCAUUGUAAAAUUCACCAGGGGGCUGUUUUCUCCGGCAAGAUUCUGAGUUUUGAAUGCUCGGUGUGUAAAGAUGAUUCAACAUAUAGCCCUAAUGAUCUCCUUAAACAUUUUCGAGCAGCUCAUAAAGGAACACUUCCUACAUACCCUUGUGACCUGUGCGGGUUUGUCACGAAUGAGUUCCCUGCUCUUCAACGCCAUCGGAUUGAGCACAGGAAUACUCUGGUUACAUGUGAGCUCUGCAACGACGAUGUUCAGUACUCUCUGCUUCUGCUUACCAGACACUACAUCAUGUGUCAUAGUCUAAAUGGACAGUUUAACUGUGACUGGUGUGAGUUUACAACUGUGGAUGCAGGUACAUUCGUCCAGCACAUCCAUCAUCAUAAUGAGAGUCCUUGGAAGUGUUCAAAAUGCAGGCACAUCAGCAUGAAUGAAGAGGAUCACCAGAAGCAUAUGAAAGCUCACUUGGGUACAUUCCCCUUCACUUGUCAGAUAUGUGGAUAUGGUGCAGCAAGGAGCGAGUACCUUAAGAAGCACAUGGCAGCUGUACACAAAGAGGAGGCUGAGAGAAGGAAUGUAUGGAAGGCUAUAGAAGACAAUGGCACUCCAACAAAUUCAUCUGCAAGCUUAAAACUUUUGCUAAAAAAGAGUGGUGAAUCACAGGAGGCUCAGAGGAUAUCAAAAGUGAACAGUCUUUCUGGGAGUGUAUCAAACCAAAAUGGCAGGCUAAUGAAACCAGAAAUAUCCUUAGAGGAGACCCACCAUUUUGCGGAUGGAAUUGUAGCAAAAAAGGACAACAAAAAUUGGAGCAAAGGCUCUCAUAACACAGAUCAGUCAAUGCCAGUAAUGUUACAGGAAUGUGACAACUCUGCAAAUUCUGAUGCUGCAAGCCACGCCAAUCCUAAUGGACUGACGGUUCUGAUGGUUAAGAACAAAAUCUCUCUUCCCCCCAACUGCACAACCAAAGUAAUGGGAUUCAAGAUGGUUGAUGGCAAAAAACAUUUAGUUCUCAAAGUAAUACCAACAGCAAAGCAAGACUCAUGCAUGCAGAACCAUUCCUCAGUUGAAGAUGUGGGCUCCUCAGCACCAAAUCCUGUGUUGAAUAAAAGUAAAGUCUCUAUUGAGAAUGGGGAACGCUUUGAUGGCAAGAGCUCAACAUCGCAUUGCCUUGCAGUUUCACCAAGAAGUGGAUCUUGCCUACAUAUGGAUCAAGAUGAUAUUAUGGCUGUAAAAGUAAAGACUGAGGAGGAAGAAACCUCUGUUUGCAACUUUGAUUCCAUCCCACACAGAGUUGAUGUUGAGGAACAGACUAAUCGUAUGCUAAAUAGAUCUUUGACUUGUGCAGAUACGUUAUAUCCCAUGACAAAUGAGUUUGAUCAUGUGUGCGCCCAAAGUCACCCAAGUCAAAACACCUGCUCAGAGAGAAGUAAGUUUGAUAUCUCAAUCUCAACAUGUAACUCUGAUGCAAACAGCCAAAAAAGCAGCAAUACUGUGUGUGCCGGUAAGGUCACUGGUUUAUCUCCAACUUCAAAAGUUGCUCAGGAAACAUUGCUUUCCAAACAAAUCUCGAGAAAAACAGUUGAAAACUGUGGGGCAGCAGAUGAGUUAUCAAUGACUGAUACAGUAGCAGACAACUCUUCCUUUAACACUAUAGAAAAUGAAGAUCAAUCUUCUCACAGUACUCCCGAAAAGGAUAACCCUAACAGGGUUAGAACUGAAAUUAAAUAUAAAAAUGGCCAGCAAAUCUUUAAGAAGCCUUCAACAAACCAGCCUCUGUCAGAGUCAUCCCCACCUAUUCCAGGCAGCAGCAGAGAAAGUGCCAUGGGUUCUGAAAACUGCUCACAAAAUUCACCAAACCAAGAAGUAUUUACUUUUCACAAUUAUUCCAAGGAGACAUUCAGCACAUCACCUAACACUACCCAAAAUAUUGCCCAUAUGUCUGAACAUUCAGCAGAAAAAGAACUUAUUUGCGAGUCAUCUCAGUUUAGCUUGACUUUGGCAGAGUCUCCAGAACCAAUCACAGAAAGUGGCAAUGGAGAAGACUCAAUUCAAGAAAAUAUUUGGGAGGGCAUAAGCAAAGUGUCUGAUAGUGAUAUUGAGGUUGAUGAGUGCAUAGCUAGUGUUGAUAAUUCUCCAACGGAGGAUGAAAAUCCUGAGUCAGUGCUCCAAGACUUUAAUAUUAUCAAAAUAGAGGAGGAGAGCAUUCCUAUAUCCAAAAAACAGUCAGAAACCAACUGUAGUUCAACUUCCCUGGGCAGUUUUGUGGAGGAACAUUCAGACGCAAUCAUAACCAAACAACUUAAUAAAGAAAGAGUUGGAUCUUCUAGUGCAAGCAAUGAUUCUUUAAAACAAACAAAAACAACUCUACGAAUUCUUCAAUUGCCAGAGGGUAAGCAAUCAGUACUCCUUAGGACUACUGAGAAUCGAUUUGCCAUGCCAUUGCAGGUCAAGGCCAACCCAGGUUUCAAACUGAUAACGAAUUCUGCUAACCCUCAGAUCAAUUUAUCUUACAUGAAGCCAGGGUUAGAAAGAUCAAGUAACCCUACUGGCAUAACCCUUGCUCCAAACAGCAGGAUAGGUAUCUCGGCACCAAAGGCAGGAGCCACUGAAAAAGGUACAUCCCUUCUCUCUGCUGUUCAACCAGGUGUUAGCACCACCUCAAGUCACUACUUUAUCAACAGCCCAACUUUUAAGGGUCCUGUACUCCUUUCAAGCACACCGCAUAAUACACCUACAGACAAGACAGCAAAGACGCAGCCAACUUGCUACUUAGUUCAGAGGUCUGUUCCAUUUGUUCAGACCCCCAGUACUCCUGGGCUCAGAUUGGCAAGUGCACAAUUACCACUGAACUCACGGCCAGUUCUGGCCAUGCCCGUGAGCUCUGCAGACAAACCCAGCACUCUGCAGACUGGUCGUCAGGCGUUCUUGCUCCGAUACAUCUCUCCACCCAAAUCAGGCGUACUAUUGAACAACCAAGAUGCAAAGACUGGGGCUCAGUAUAGCCAAACCAGUGACAGUACUGGAAACAAAGUCAUAUUUAAAAUUGUCACUCCUUCUGGUAGCCUCCUUACAAGUGGCGCUCCCACCUCAAGCAGUCAGCCUUUGUUUUUGGCCACCAGACCUCAGACCCAGUGUUUUUUAGUGUCAUCAAACAAAACUAAUGCAAAAGCCUCAAGUGGAGUAAAGAAAAUGAUCACCAUACAAAAUACUGCACAGAAAGAUGUCAAGGAAUCUUGCAUUUCACCCUCUCAGAUGAAUGUAAAGGUACCACAGUGUGAAGCAGAGAAACCUAUCCUAGCCCCAAGGCCGAUUCGGCCUCCAAGCCAAAGGAAAAGGCGCAGGAAACCAUUAUUUGAUGAGCUUCCAACAACGGUGCAUAAAGCUAGAAGACUCACAAAUAAAGUACUGACUGAGAGAGAGACUACUGUGUUAUGGAAGCCUGUAGCCAAAGAAGUUGAAAGGAAACUGAGACUUGCUCCUUUCAGUUCUCUACAGCAGGUCAAAUGCCCACGUAGAUACCAACCUGUAGUGGUGCUCAAUCAUCCAGAUGCUGACAUUCCUGAAGUGGCCAAUAUCAUGAAGGUAGUGACCAGGUACAAAGGUGCUGUUACUAAGGUCUCUCUGUCUCAGAAAACAAUCGAAGCGCUCUCUGAACUUGGUGCUCUAGGGAAGAAUUCCUCGAUAAAAGGUGUGUCAUCUCACAGCGAUGAUCCAAGACCUAGGCCAGUUCGGAGUUCUGUCCGAGAGCGAUUCCUCCUGAAACUGAAGUUAAGGAAAAAAAGCAAAAAAAAGUACGAGGUAGUGGAAACUUUAUCAGGUUGUAGACAAGAGCCUGUGGUGUUUGACUGCUGGUUUUGUGGUCGGCUCUUCAACAGCCAAGAACAUUGGAUUGGCCAUGGCCAACGGCACCUGAUGGAGGCAACUAGAGACUGGAAUAAACUGUUCUGAAAGUUUUCCAUCACCUUUAAAUGGGUUGAUAUUCUGUCCUUUUGGAGGUGGAACAAGCUGAAGUUGUAUAUUUUUAAUGACCUUCCACUAUACGUUCAAUUUCCGUUCCUGUAAAUACAUAUUCUUAAGUGAAUCAUAGUUUAUCUUUUCAUAGGCAUAUUCUGGUAAAUUAUGUACUGCAAACAUGAUUUAUAUCAUGCAUGCACAGGUCAAAUUGAACUGUGAAAAUGGUACACUGGUAAUUAGGAGUUGUUGUAAGAGCACUAGGUUAAAGAAAGGGGGCAAUGUCAGCAAAUGUUGUAUGCAGAGUUGGAUUAAUUACUCAGGUGAUUUCAUAUUAAUCUGGUUUGUCAUUUUUGCUCAUAAAUUUCAGAAAAGCAUAGGCCUAGUUUAAGGGACUUUUGUAUCUGCUUUUAUUAUCCUGCACAUGACAGGAAACUGUAUUUGUAUAGCUUAACUCUAAAGCUUGUAGACCAAUUCAAUUGUUUUGCGCUUGUGAUGAAUAAACUGUUUGGUCCAAAAUAUUCCUUUUUGUAUGAUGAUUUAAGUAAAGGGGGUAUAAUUUUACACUAUUGUCAGGAUUUUGUCAACCUGUAGCAUGCAUUUGUUAUAACUAGACAGUAAUCUCUUUAGUCUGCCAAGUGUUGAAAAUAGACAGGCGAUUUUAUAAAAUACUUUCUUGUAUCUGUACUUGAGAAAUACACAUCAGCCCACUUUACACCCUAUGCAGUUUUGACCUAACAAUAUCUUUGUGGCAGCGGCUUAGGCGGUUUGUUGUGAAUCAUGUGAAUCCACAUUUGAUUUCUGUUUACUUAUAAAUAUUAAAGGUCCCAUGAAUUUGCUUUCAGAUUGUACAUUAUUUGUGGGUUGCAAUGUUAAUUCAUUAAAGUAGACGUUGGUGCAGGAUGUUAACAUCAAGAGAGACUAAAUAUAGCAAUCUUUCAGAAACAACAUAGAAAUGUUUGUCAAAUGGGGGCUCGGUUGGCAUCUACUUCCAAAACCUUUAGAUGCCAGAGCUGAAAAAUGGCUUCAUUAUUUUGAUCAUUUAUAAUUGGAAUUGUAAAGAUUAUAAUUAAAGAUAUGUCAAUAAGGGAUAUCAACAAUGAUAAACUAGGGUUCUAACUAACAAUUAUUUUCACUAUUGAUUCAUGCUGCUGCUGAUUAACUUCUUGAUUAAUUGUAUAAUCUGUUAAAUGAAUGAAUAUGAAGAAAAUGCCUUGCACUAUUUUCUAAAGACCAAGGCGAGGUACGACUGUCCAAUAGCCAAAGAUAUUCACAUAAUACAAAGGAAAGCAGCAAAUCAUCACAAUUUAGAAGCUGGAAUGAGGCAAAGUUUGGCAUUUUUGCUUGAAACAUUUCUUUAAUGAUUAAUCAGUUAUCAAUAGUUUUAGCUAAUCGUUUCAGCUCUGCGUAAAACAUAUUUCAUCCUUAUUUAUACCGAUUUUAGUUUGUUGUUUAGCUACUGUCCGAGAAACUGAAAACUUCCUGCAGAUAUUUCACAUUAAAGCCUGUCGGGAAAGAAAGAGGCUAUGCCCUUAAUACCAUUGGAAGGCUUUUAAUCUGAAACAUCUGUGCAGGAAGUGUAACUUUUUAUUGACAGUAGAUUAACAGAAAUUUGUUUUUAAUAGCAAAGUGUAAGUGAUUUGUAAAAAUUAGUGAAUGAAUACAAUAUUUCUGUUAUAGAAAACAAAGUCAGAGCAGUAGAGUGGUAAGGUUGACGUGGCUUGUUCUAACUUGGUCCACUACCACAGCACUGUGGAAAAUGGAAACAUUGCUUUUGCCCCUUGAACCUAUGUUACUGCUGCUAGUGCUGAGUAUACAUAUUAGUUUUAUGAUGAGAGGGGAUCACAAUCCCAAAUCUUGUAGUGGAACUACAAAAUGCGAUGGUUGAGAAAAUGUAAACUGUACAGCAAUAGAUGAGGUUGGAUAUUAAAAUGUGAAACAGCAUUUUUGACAUACAUUUUCUGUUGAAGAAAGUGCACCCAGAGACCCAAGAAAAAAACACAAAGGCAUUUUCAUACCUUUUUUAAACGGUUCUUGGUUCAAUAAGAAGUUUCUUGUUAAUAUCAAAUACUUUCAGAAGUGAUUUAAUAGUUACUGUCAUGUUUGUUUUUCAUUCUCUGUAGACAUUUUAAGUGUAGUAGGAGCCCUGAACAUAACCCAUGUGUUUGGCAAUAACCUUUUAUUGCAUUAAUGUUGUACUGUAAAUCUGCUCACUGUCAUCAUUGAGUCCAGUAUGCUGCACAUACAUUUGUUUGAUUUUUACAUUUGGCAUACAUUUUUGUUAUGGCAACAGGACAUGGACUUUGUAUUUUCUUGAUGGGUUUUAAUGAUUGUAUUACAUGACGAUCGAAACAUGGAAUGAAUGUUUUAUUCCAUUCAAUAUGCAAAUGUGAUAUUUAAUAUAAUAGAAUGCAAGCCAUGCUAAGGGUUUUAUAUUUUAAAAUGGUUCUAAACAGCCAGCCUCCAAUUACUGAAGUUCUGAACUCAGCAGGGUCCACCUUUCACCAGCAUUAUCUAGAUGUUCAUUUUAAUCAACAACUCCAACCAACAAAAGUGCAUUUUAUUCUACAGUAGGUUAAUUCCCUGAAAUCAUUUCAUAUAAAAGUCCAAUUAAUGUAGCAUGAGUAGUCGCUACAUUCCACUGAUAUUUGUAACUUACCAGUGAGACCAAACAUUCAUUCAACUUUUACUUGGUACAUGUUUUUUGUUUUGUUUUUUUCACAUUUUCUUAAUAAAAUUGUUCAACAUUGUGGGAAUAAAGUUUAUGCUUGCUUUUUUCCUGAGAGUGAGGUGAGAAGAUUUUUAUUUAUAUAUGUAUCUUGUGUACAGAACUGGAGUCUGGAUGCAGUUAGUCUAGCUUAGCAUACAGACUGGAAAGGGGUAACCGCUAUCCUGGCUUUGUCCAAAGUAAAAAAAAAA